GCGCCGGCGAACUUCACAUCUGGAGACGCACUUUCGUCGGCACGUUCGCCGUCUGCACAGGUGGAUAACGUCAUGCCAUUUGGAUGCCUUGCCGUGCGCGAUGGGCGAGUCUACAACAGCCUAUCAGACGUUACAGACAAAUAUGAGAUCGGCCAGAUCCUGAAAGCGAAGGAGUUUUGCGAACUGUGUCUGGUUAAGGAGCGAGAGACAGACAAAGUCUACGUAUGCAAGAAGUUUCUCAAGAAAGAUGGCAGGAAAGUGCGCAAGGCUGCCAAGAAUGAAAUCAUGAUCCUAAAAAUGGUCAAUCAUCCCAAUAUACUGCAGCUGAAAGACACCUUUGAAACCAGGAAAGAAUAUUUCAUUAUUCAGGAACUGGCUACAGGAGGGGAUGUCUUUGAUUGGAUUCUCGACCAAGGCAACUAUACGGAGAGAGACGCCGCAAAUGUUAUCCGCCAAGUACUGGAGGCUGUGGCAUACCUCCACUCCUUAAACAUCGUCCACAGGAACUUAAAACUUGAGAACCUGAUGUACUACACAGAGAAUAACCAUAACAAAGUUGUCCUCCGCGAUUUCUACCUGUCCAAGUUUGAGAACGGAUCCAUCACGGAGCCCUGCGGCACACCCGAGUACCUCGCUCCGGAAGUGGUCGCCCGGCACCGAUACGGCCGUCCAGUAGAUUGCUGGGCUGUAGGAGUUAUUAUGUACAUGCUUCUGUCCGGAAACCCGCCGUUCUAUGAUGAAACCGAGGAGGAAAACACGGACAUGCAUAACCGCAUCAUCUUCUGCCGCAUCGUGGCUGGGGAUUUCGAAUUUGACUCGCCCUACUGGGAUGACAUUUCUCCUGCAGCAAAAGACUUAGUGUGCAGGAUGAUGGAGGUCGACCCGAUGCUGAGAAUCACAGCACAAGAAGCACUCUGGCAUGAAUGGAUUGCUGGUAAUGGAGCUUCAGAGAAGAACCUCAAAGAUGGGGUUUGUGCCCAGUUUGAGAAGAAUUUCGCCAAGGCUAAAUGGAGGGAGCUGAAGAAAGCAAUUCGGGUUACAACUUUCAUGCAGCGCCUCCGCGCCCCAGAGGCUGGCGGUGGGGCCAGCGAUGGGGAUCCUGAAGGUCAAGACCAGGAGGCAAGAGAGGAGGGUGUGGAUGUAAGUGGAGAAGGAGUCACUCCCAAGAGCAUCAACAGUGUCUCCCACAAAGUGACUGUAGAGAACAGGCCCGAAGAGGAUGAGCGGGAAGAAAGAAAAGAAAGUGAGGUCGUCACCAAAUCAGGAGAUGUGAAGAAGGUUGCUGGAGUGAUCUCAGCCAGCCCUGUAGUGGGCGUUUGCCCAGCAUCCACAGCAGAACUUCUUUGUGAACCAAAUGCCCUGGCCAGAGCAACAGGGCAGGAGCCAGGUAAUGGGAAAGAAAGUCUGAAGAAGAAAGGAGAUGGUGGUGCAAAGAAAACGGCAACAAAUUUAGGCCAAGAUAAAACUCCAUCAGAGAAGAAAGCAGCUUUGAACCCUGACCCCAUGAAGAUUCCUGACAGCAGAGGGACUAAAGUGAUUGUCUUGGAGCAAGAGGUUUCCGGGAUCGAGGAGAAGAAGACAGCAAGCUUUUCUGAAACAGGAGGUCGGCGGAAGAUGGCAGCGGUGCUCUCUCACUCGGUGGAUCACAGUGGAGGGUCUGCCGCACCUGCAACAGCACCCUCUGCAUCUCAUGAUAAGUUAAUGCAGCAACACGAGAGGAAAGGCCAGAGAGGCCAGGACACUGUCCCUAGCAGUUGGUGUCAAACUCAGCUUCCUGAGGCCGUUGCAGAGAAGACAGCAGAGAGAGGAGGGGUCGGAGAUGUGAGCCCAAGGGUCAGAGGUGGAGAGAUGGAAGGAACAGGGAAAAGCAACUCCGAAUUCGGCAUUCCUAAGGGGAAGCAGGGAGGUAUGGAUUAUGGAGUGAGUGGAUCUUCAAGUCCUGGUCAAAAAAAGACCAUGUCAUUUCAGGAGGAAAGAGAAGCAGGUGUUCCAGGAUUUGGAGCUCAUUAUUGUCCUACUUACUCACCUAGUGGGGGUACGGUUUUCAGCAGUUUGGGGGCAAGUAGUAGCUCCGACUGGAUGAUGGAUAGCGUGAUAGAACAGAUAGAACGGCAAAUGGCAGCUGUUCUGGAGAAGAUAGAAGGAGACAUGCCAUCCUUGCUGGAACAGAUAAGUGACUGUCCCGAGACGAAACCGAAGAGCUCUCACUCUUCCCCUUUGGGUCGACCUCGCACCCGCCACCAAUCUUCGCCCCCACCCCUUCCCACCAGCCCUCGUCCACCUCUUCCCACUCUCCCACACCUUGACAUUCAGCCUCCAACCUACCCACCUCCCCCACCGCCUACCUUUAUCCACACGUACACCCAGUCAGUCCCCAUGCAGGAUGACAGGGAUGGGCAAAGGGCUGAAACCAGGUCUGGCCAGUCCCCAAGAGGGGGUGUGGCAGGGAGAGGGCUCUGAGUGUUCACACACUCUUCCAGCAUUUAAAACACACAGAAACAAGCGUACAGACACUGACCAGUUAGUCAAACAAAUGCUCCAACAGAAGAAUGUCCAGCUGAUAUGGCAGUUUGCUGAAGAAGUGGUUAAAAGGUGCUCACCUGCACUGGUCUUGGUAUGAGUGCUGCAUAAGCCAUUGAAGUAGGGUGACGCAAGUUUCUCUUGCUGGAUAUUUUCUCUCAUCAGAAGAUGCACUAGCUACUAAGCUUGACAAGCACUGGAUCAUCAGAGGAAAUUUGUAGAGAAGCAGACCACAAACACCAAAACUGAGUGAAGUAAAAAUGUGAUGGAAAGCCCAGCAUCUGACUGGCAUUCUCACAGGCUUCUGCAUGAUGCUCAUGUCCCAAGGGUGGUGUCGCCACAUCUUCUCUACCUAAAUUUACUACUAACCCUUGAUGGCAACAAUGCA